UUGUGUCGUCAAUAUGACAUUUAGUCUCUCAAAACUGAUUUCAAAGAUUUUCUAGAAUUGUUAAAUUUCUAUAUUGCUUUGCUGAACGGGUACAAAUAUAUCGAUAGUUUGUUGAAGAUGAGGAUUCCACAUUCCAUUAAUCCAAACACUCUUGCUGAGUAUAGCCCUUCGCCAGAAACCACAGAUCUGAUAGGAGAAACGGAAAGGCAGAUUAUUUCUGAAGACUUUCAGUGGAAUAAAAAUCACUGUCCUACUUUGGUGGACUUGAGCAUUCAAUGCAUUGGCAAGAAUUUUGAAAAGAAACCUUUAUUCUGUGAACUUCCUUGUGAAGAUAAAGAUCAUAUUCUGGAAAUCAUUUCUCCAGAUUUACCUCUCGAACUAGCUAUUCCGAUAAUAGAUGAUGAGUACUAUUGGAAACGGAGAUAUGAAACACAUUUUCAUUUGAUUCUGAGGAGGAAACCGUCGGACUGGAAGUGGAAAACCCUCUAUUUGGAAAAUCAUAUCCAGAAAGUGAUAGAAGAAGCUCAACCUCAGUAUUCAGAUGAAGAAAAUAUUGGAGAAAUUUUGGAAUUGUGUUCGCCAUAUAUUCGUAGAUUGGUGGUUAGUCAACUCCAAGCAUGGAAACCUCCACUGACGAUGGAUAAGGACGAUAUCCCAGAGGUGUACCCUCUUAAUCAUAUCAAUUUCAAUCCUAUUCUCAGAAAAUUACCAGAUAUCGUCGAAUUUGAUUUGGUUUUUGGUAUGAACAAUGUAACUGAAGAUUACAAGUGGAACAUGUUCGAAGUAACAGUUAAAGAUUGCCAAACACUCGGAAAGGCAUUACUGGAGUUGAGGAAUCUGAGAAUUUUGCGCAUUCAUAGAAGUAAAGUCGAGUACAAGCACUGUCAAGCUUUGAUGCAGAACCUUAUUAAAAACAGAUCAAUAGUAGAACUAGACCUGUCAAAUUGCCAAAUAGGCGACAAAGGAGCUCUUUGUGUGGCUAAAUUCCUUCAAGUCCACCCUUUUAUAAAAAUAUUGAAUCUGUCCAAUAACCUUAUCGGAAAAAUUGGUGCAGAAGGUCUUGGAUACACCUUAUUGCUUUCAAGCUGCGCACCACUCGUCCAUCUAAACCUGAGACUCAACCCAUUGGAAACUGAAGGAGCGAUGGGGAUAAUGAGAGCACUAGUACGGUGUAGCAUACCGAGAGAACUUUCGAUGAGUGGGUGUCAUUUUCAAGAAGAUACGCUCAUCAAAGUUGGCCAGAUGUUGAAAUUGAACGAGAGUUUAAAGAAACUGGAUAUCAGCAAUAAUUGGUUCGGUGAAGAAGGAGGAGAGUAUCUCGUCCAGGCAAUGAGGAUUAAUACGACAUUAGAAUGGCUGGACGUUCGUGAGACUGAUAUAUCUAAUGUUCAGUUACAAGUCAUCAAAAAAUGUCUUUUGAGAAAUCGUUUGGGAUUCAUUGGAGUUCAAGAUAUAGAAUCUGAAGAAAAGUUUGCUGAAAAUGAGGAAUGUGAAGAAAAAAUAUUGGCCGAAACAAUUUUUAAGAAAAGCGAUGACAAUUCAAAAUGAAAAUAGUUGUUUUGAGGUGCCGAUCUGGAAUUUACGUAAAAUCAAAUAAUAGUCAACUUAAAUAUACUUUUUGUGAACUAAAUUUUGAUUUGAUUGUUGCUCACAUAAACAAAUGUAACAUAUAUUUGAAUCUGUCGACUCAAUCAUAAUAAAAAUAUUUGAAUGGA